AGCCUAGACGAGCCUCCCGCGGCCGCUCUCCGCUGGGCUUGCCCUCUCCGCCCGCUGCCGGGGUCCCCACUCGCGCCGCCGCGUGCUCGGCUCGGCUCGGCUCGGCUCCUGCCGGCCUGCAGCAUGUCGCUCCUGCUGGAGACGGUGGGCUUCUUCCUUAGCGCCGUCGGGUGGGCGCUGCUGGCCGUGACCCUCUUCAACAGCUACUGGAGGGUCUCCAGCGUCUCCGGCAACGUCAUCACCACCUCCACCAUCUACGAGAACCUGUGGCAGAGCUGCGCCACCGACUCCACCGGCGUCCACAACUGCUGGGAGUUCCAGUCGCUGCUCGAGCUGCCCGCCUACCUGCAAGCUUCGCGGGCCCUCAUGAUCAGUGCCUUGGUCCUGGGUUUCUUAGGGAUCCUGAGCAGCAUGUUGGGUUUACAGUGUACCAAAGUGGCAGAAAACAACCCCAACAUGAAGGCCAAGAUGGCAGUUGUUGGGGGCUGCUUGUUCAUUCUGGCCGGUCUCUGUGGGAUGGUGACCAUUUCGUGGUACGCCUUCAAUAUCACCCGUGAUUUUUUUAAUCCGCUCUUUGUUGGAACAAAAUAUGAAAUUGGACCUGCCCUCUAUCUAGGCUGGAGUGCUUCCUUGCUGGUGAUCAUAGGAGGGUGCUUCCUGUUCAGUUCAUGUCGGACAAACUCAUCCCAGGACAACAGCUACAUGUAUCCAUACAAGGCCCCCAAGAGUGGCAUGUCAGCUCCCAACACCACAGUCACUCGUCCCCGCAGAGAAUCCAAUGCUAGCAGUACGGGCAAGUAUGGUAAGAAUGCUUAUGUCUAACCUUGGAAAAGGUGGAUCAGGGCAUCCCUUCCUUUAAAAAGACGUUUGGGAUGCUUUUCUGGGAACCCAGAAUCCCAAAGACUCUUCCAAAGAUGGCACAUACCAAGGGAGAACCUUGUUUACUCUUCGGUUUGGACUUUCUUGAUCUCGUGAUGAACCUAGAGAUGGAUCGAAGGCAUGUUCCUGGAUCUGAUCCUGGCCAGUGCUGCAUUGGGCAAAGUUAUUGAUUGCCAAGAAGAGGUAGCUAUGCAUAUGGACUUUUAAUAUAUAUACAUAUUCAACAUGGAUGAAACCUACUUCUCAGAUUAUGGAUGCCUCUUGGCCCAGAAUAAUUGAUUUUGCAAAUGACAGGGGUUGAAGCUCAGUUACAUCACCUCCUGCGGCUUGUCUCUCAAAGGGACACGGGUAUAUGUAUGAGAACAACUGAUCCACGCUUGGAGGACAUCAGAACUGGAGGCCUGCUCAUAGUUAAAAUGCUAGCAUAUGCCUAAUACGCUAACAUUUGGAGAUUCACCCCCAGUUGGGUGUGUAUGUUUCCCUCCAGUCAACAUUCCUAACUGCUGGAGUUGCUAAAUUGGGAGGUGACCAUUUUAGGGGAAAAUGGAGGUGGACGGUUUUGAUCAAAUGAUACUGUUAUUACGAUUGCCUUAAGAAGCUCCUCAGCACUGAAGCCAAGGGGUUUUGCUUCUAAGUAUCCAGGAAUAAGACCCUAAAUUUUGAAAAGUGUGCUAUAUUCACUGUGAGGCAUCAGCCAUGCCAGUUGGGAUUCUGAGUUCAAGUCCUAAUGUAUCUACGUAGAAGAUACCAGCUGGGGAAAGCUGGAUUCCCCAGUAUCCAAGGUUGCUUUCAGCAUUAAUACCAACCUGAUUUUCCACCUGAAUCACCAAGAGUGGUGUGUGCUUAUCUGCACGACCACUGCUACCUUUUCCUAAGAUGUCUUUAACUGUUGCUUGGGCUAGAGCAUGCUGGUGAAAGUUUGUCAGAUCGGUCUCUUUCUAUCACGGUUUCAGGAGUUAGCUGAGCAACUGGCCACUCGGUUAGCACAGUCACCCGGCCACCGCUUAUUCUGACUCAUUGUCAUCUGUGAAUUGACUGUCUGGGUUGGAGGGUCUGAACGUAGGGACAUCCUGGUAACCACCUUUCCCCAAAGCAAUGUUCAGGGUGGAGUUUUGCAGCAGGCCGUUUGCUCCCCCCAUGCAUCAAGAGAGCUAGUUUGAGAUUUUUGAAAAGAAAAUGUUCCUGGGUGUUGGGUUGUUUCUUCAAGAAGCAAAUCAAGGUACAGUCAACAGCACAGGGGAACGCUUCCCAUUUUGAGAUCCGACAGACCUUCAAAUACCUUCAUGGGUUUUGGUUUAGAGCAGUGUUUCUCAACCACUGCAACUUAAGAAGAUGUGUGGACUUCAACUCCAGAAUCCCCUAGCCAGGGGGACUCUGGGAGUUGAAGUCCACACAUCUUCAAGUUGCUACGGUUGAGAAACACUGGUUUAGAGGACCUAUCCUUCAGAUCAUUAUGCACAAGAAAGUUAGGACGGUAGCUGAGCAGGACGUUAGCAGCACCCUUUCCUUUUGGGCUAAGUAUUAAUCAAUAGGGAGUCACACGAGCAAGUAGUGACUCGGCUUCCUACUCGUUGUCCAAGAAUUGGAGCUACGGAUUCCUGAACCUAAGGACGUUUUGAACUUCGUUGCAUCUUGGAACCACAAGCUUUUGCUUCCUUGCUGCUGAGGCGUACAACUUAAGUUUAUUGUGAUGCAUUUUUGAAAAGAAAGGAACAAGGAAAGGUGCCUGUGACCUGUUUUAUAUAAAAAGACACACUGCUUGCAACGGCAGUGCCC